UGUUAUGGCGGCGACCUUUCCCGGUCAGGUAAAGCUAAGGAGGGUAUAUGUCCUCUUGAAGCUAUUCGAGAUACUGCGCGCCCUGAAUUUGGUCUACAAUUGCAGCUUGCCAACGAACGAAAUCAACUUGACUCCAUCACCGACUCCCAUCUGUUUGCCAUGGAACUUGGAUGUUAUGGCGGAGACCUUUCCCGGUCAGGUAAAGCUAAGGAGGGUACAUGUCCUCCCGAAGCUAUUCGAGAUACUGCGCGCCCUGAAUUUGGUCUAUAAUUGCAGUUUGCCAACGAACGGAAUCAGCUUGACUCCAUCACCGACUCCCAUCUGUUUGCCAUGGAAUUUGGAUGUUAUGGCGGCGACCUUUCCCGGUCAGGUAAAGCUAAGCAGGGUAUAUGUCCUCCCGAAGCUAUUCGAGAUACUGCGCGCCCUGAAUUUGGUCUAUAAUUGCAGUUUGCCAACGAACGGAAUCAGCUUGACUCCAUCACCCACUCCCAUCUGUUUGCCAUGGAAUUUGGAUGAUUUGGCGGCGACCUUUCUCGGUCAGGUAAAGCUAAGGAGGCUUGCCAACGAACGAAAUCAGCUUGACUCCAUCACCGACUCCCAUCUGUUUGCCAUGGAACUUGGAUGUUAUGGCGGAGACCUUUCCCGGUCAGGUAAAGCUAAAGAGGGUAUAUGUCCUCUCGAAGCUACUCGAGAUACUGCGCACCCUGAGUUUGAUCCACCAUUGCAGCCUGCCAACAUACGUAAUCAGGUCAACUCCGUCACCGACACCCACCCGUCUACCACAGAACUUGAAGGACACGACAUCAACCUUUUCCGAUAACAACGCUCUAAACAAGUCAGACCAACUCGAAGGACAUGGAAUUCCUGUAUCCGUUUCCUCAGGUAAAUACAAUGAAUGUAUAUGUCCUUCCGAAGUAGGACAUACAGAUGCUGCCUUCGUUGAAAGCCCACCCCAUUUACAGGCAUUUGCUUCCACAAUCACUCGAUCUACCACCGUUCAACCGUCAGGAGAAAACUUGCAGGGACAUCCUAAAAUCUACUAUCAGAACGUGAGAGGGCUACGCACAAAAAUUGAUGAGCUGUUCGUCGCUGCUUCGGAUGUUGAUCAUGAUGUUAUUGUUCUGACCGAAACGUGGCUGAAUGAUCAAAUCAACUCGCUCCAAUUAUUUGGCUCAAGGUACUCUGUAUAUCGUAACGAUCGCGAUCCUAAUAGUUCCAACCGACUCUCAUCCAAACACAAAAAUGACACUCACAAUCUCGAACAACUCUGGGUAAAUAUCCGUGGCCCCUAUAGUAAUCUCUGUGUGGGCGUUGUAUAUAUUCCCCCCGAUUCCACAAGUGAUGUAGAAAUUAUUCAGAAGCACAUAGACUCCGCACUUGACAUUGCAACUUCCAUUGAAUCCAACACGGCACAUCUACUAUUUGGUGAUUAUAACCAACCUGGACUUCUUUGGAAGAGCACUCCUUCCGGGUAUGCUUUACCAGACCCUUCUGAACCUUUUCGAGGGCGAGUACUAUCUUACUGGACGGAAUGUCUGUACUGAACAUGCGACAAAUGUCUACAGUGAAUAAUAGGCGAAAUCGAAUCCUGGACCUCCUGUUUAAGAAGAAGAAGAAGCUUCAAUGAACUGUACCGUAUCAGAGGCACUUGAGCCUUUAGUUGCUGUAGACGCACAUCAUCCUCCACUUCUGGUAACGCAGAUUUGUCCACAGCUGGUUCUCUAUGACGAGAUGGAGGAUGUCAGGGUGUUCAACUUUUCGAAGACUGACUUCUCUAGGUUUCAUAACUCACUACAAACAAUCGACUGGGAGACUUUUGACAUUAAAAAUGUCUUACUCCACUAUCUGGGGCUAGGUGUCAUUCUAAAAUCUAAACUAUCUUCCAUGUAACGAAACUAUGUAAGGUUUGCACGCUUAUAACUCCGAUAUUACUAGAUGGAUUUUAAUCAUUCAUACACCAACCGGUUCAGAAACACCUAACUUAAAUAUUGGUAAUAAUUUAAUAUCUCCCCAAUAAAAGUAGACUUUUGGAAAUUGGUAAAAUUAAAAAGUUCACGAAAAACGGGAAAAUUACCAUUCGUGAGGCAGAUUUCUCAGACACAGCCGUCAAGAGAGGGCAGCUUAGUUGCUUAAUGAAACACGAAAAGUCAUAAAUAGAAGCAACGCAUGUCCGUUUAAAUCAGUUGUUGCUCUUAUCCCAUACGAGCAAUAUCGUCUCCGGGCGAUGCAAUAAGCGCUAUCGAUUUUUGGUAACGUUGGCAUUUGCACACACUCGCACCUAAGUGACUAAACCAUAUACGGUUAGUUUAUAAAUAGAGGUGACGCGUACCCGUUUGAAUCAGUUUUUGUUCUUAUGUCGAACGGGUAAGAUCAUGGCUGCAGCGUCGUCUGGGCACUACAAUAAGCGGUAGACACUAUGCAUUUUCGGCAGCGGUCGCCGUGUGCGGAUUUUUCGGGUACCAGCACGGUGUCACAGAAUGAUUUGCAAAGUGGGUGGGCGGGGUGGUUUGGAUUUAAUUCAAUACGGUGUGUGCUGCAUGCAUGCGUGUGCGUUGUAACUUGUUAAUCCAUGUUUACGGCGCUUUGUAGCUGCGUAGGGUAAAGAGCCUAUUGGUUUUCAUGUUUCAUAUUUCGGUUAUAUGUUUUUUAUCAGUAAGGCAUCUGACAACGUGCUUCUGUAGCUAUUGCACUGUUCAGCAGCGUAGUAUUUUAUAUAGGAGAGUACA